CCUGGCAAGGUGACGUGGUCCUUCCUCUGCAGACUUCCGUAUAGAGCUAAUUGCUGGUUGAUCAGAACUUAGAAUUAUCUGCCUUUUGAAGACAGUUCUUUUCUUUUUGUUCAAACCACACUUCCUUGUUACUGGAAGAGAGCCAUUACGAUGACAGGCCACUGCCCUACGCUGGCCCUGCUGCUCCUCUUCCUCCAGCCUUCCUCGCAGUUCUGGCUUUUCAAUGUCCUCUUCCCUCCCAGCCCCGAGCCUGUGGGCCCCAAGAGGAAUGACACAGCCCCCCUCAUUCUCGUGCCUGGCAAUCUGGGGAACCAGUUGGAGGCAAGGAUUGACAAGAUCGAUCUGGUGCACUGGCUCUGCUACAGCAAGACGGAGGAUUUCUUCACCAUCUGGAUCGACCUCAACAUGUUUAUGCCUAUAGGGAUUGACUGCUGGAUCGAUAACAUCAGAAUAGCAUACAACAGAACAACUCGCAAAACAUCCAAUGCACCAGGGGUGGAAAUCCGAGUUCCAGGAUUUGGGAAAACAUACACUGUGGAAUUUCUGGACACCAAUACAUUAACAGGGUAUCUCCACACAAUGGUGGAGCACUUGGUAAACGCAGGCUACGUCCGUAAUGAAACGAUUCGAGCAGCUCCCUAUGACUGGAGAAUUGCUCCCAAUGAGCAGGAGGAGUACUUUGGGAAGCUGAAAGCCCUGGUGGAGGAGAUGUACAAGGAGUAUGAGAGACCUGUCUACCUGCUUGGACACAGCAUGGGCAGCAAUUACAUCCUGUACUUCCUGAACCAGCAGUCUCAGGACUGGAAGGAUCUCUACAUCAAGGGCUUCAUCUCACUGGGGGCUCCCUGGGGUGGGGUCGUCAAACCGCUCAGGGUCCUCGCUUCCGGUGAAAACGACGGCAUCCCGCUUGUAUCCAACAUCAAAAUCCGAGAGGAGCAGCGAAUGACCACCACCAACCCCUGGAUGAUCCCCAGUGACCUGGCCUGGCCGACUGACCACGUCUACAUCUCCACACCCACCUACAACUACACCUACCAGGACUACCAGCGCUUCUUCAACGACAUCCACUUCGAGGACGGCUGGUACAUGUGGAAUGAUACCAAGGACCUCCUCGCAGGGCUGCCCCCUCCCGGUGUGGCAGUGUACUGCAUGUACGGCACGGGGUUGCCUACCCCCGUCACCUACAUCUAUGAUGAUAACUUCCCGAACGCGGACCCCGUGGACAUCCUGUACGAUGACGGGGAUGACACUGUCGGCUCCCGCAGCAUGGAGCUGUGCAAGCUCUGGGUAGGAAAGCAGAAGGAGCCGGUCCACGUCAUUGAGCUGAACGGCACGGCUCACCUGGACAUCGUCUUUUCCAACAUUAGCCUUACGUACAUCCAGGAGAUACUGCAAGGGAACUAUGAAGGUCCUUAAUAAGCAAACAACCCUGCCCCAGAACUAACUACCCCCACUGUUUAAAUAAUUAGUAUUGGGGCUAGUAACAUAUAACAGGGUCCUAUUUGAAUGAUUUAAAAAACAAUAACAAUAAAAUCACUUGUCAAAGCAUUUGUCGAAAUAUAAGUUUUACUGUGUUUUUGAAGUUAUUGGCAUGGCAAGAUCUGUUCAACACGGUGUAAUUGGUGUAAUUUAAUUAUUUGCAGUAUUUUUUAAUAUAGUACUGUUGAGUGUUUAAUAGGUAAUAAUCUAAAUAAAAGGUACACAUCAUAA